AUUGUCAGCGCGCAGCCAGGUGAGUCUCAACACCCUCCACAUCUGUGUCAUCUUGUUCCACAUUCUGAGACAACCAAACAUCUUCCAAUUUGGGUGCUGCACAGAGCAUCAAGCAAAGGUUUAUAUCAUGAACAUUUUUGCUAACCUGGCCCCAGUGCUUGUUUGCUUGCAACUGGUGAAAUGCUCAGAUGAAAGACUGGAUUCUGAAUGGCAGGCCUGGAAAAGCACAUUUAGGAUGAAUUAUAACCCAGUGAGUGAAAACAUGAAGAGAGAAGUGUGGGAGACAAAUUAUAAGAUUAUUCAAGAGCACAAUCUGGAAAAUCCAGGAGGGUCCUUUACAAUGUCAAUGAAUAAGUUCGGUGAUCUGACAAAUGAAGAAUACAGACAGCUACAGGGAGCAUUUGUCAGCAAAAAGCAGCGUACUUCUGCUAAGACUGUGUCUGCUUCAGAGCUGAAGAGAAAGGCCAGCAGGUUAAAUGUGUCAAACUCUCCCAGCAUUGACUACCGAACCCGAGGUUUUGUGACCCGUGUAAAGGACCAAGGUCAAUGCGGAUCCUGUUGGGCAUUCAGCACGACUGGAGCAAUUGAAGGACAGAUAUUCAAGAAGACUGGGAAUCUGGUAUCUCUCAGUGAACAAAACCUGGUGGACUGUUCAAAGCCCUAUGGCACCUAUGGCUGUCAGGGAGCGUGGAUGUCACACGCCUAUGAUUAUGUGCUGAAAAAUGGAGGGAUAGAGUCUGAAAACACCUACCCUUAUACUGCACGGGAUGACCAACCCUGUCUAUACAAUAGCAGAAGGUCUGUGGCCCGAAUCACAGGUUAUAAAUUCCUUCCAGAAGGUGAUGAGCAGGCAUUAGCUAAUGCCGUAGCCACUGUUGGCCCAAUCACAGUAACACUGGAUGCAAGCAAUCCCAGCUUCCAGUUCUACAGCUCAGGAAUCUAUAAUGAUCCAAAUUGUGACGAAGAACAGCUGAAUCACGCAGUCCUGCUGGUUGGCUACGGGACUGAAGGAAACCAAGACUAUUGGAUCAUUAAAAACAGUUGGGGCAGCUCAUGGGGUGAAAAUGGUUAUAUGAAGCUGGCCAGGAAUAAGGACAAUGCCUGCGGUAUUGCUAGUUAUGCUCUGUACCCCGAAGUCUGACAGCUGCUGGGCUCUGAAAGACAAACCAUGCUGGGGAUGUGGAAGAGAACUGGCUUCAUGUCAAAAAAGAUGUACUUGUAUUAAUAAAAAAAUGCAUUGA